GGCCAACUGUGUUUGAAAUUUUUUAAAGGGCCCUUUAUAUUAUCGCAACUAUUCACGUGGAAUUCAUCAACCAAAUGUCGGGCACAAGUAUGAAAACCUAUGGGUCAUCAAAUAUAUUUUUACUCAGCUCCGUACCCUGUCUCCAUGGGUAACUUCCCUCAACCUGGGAACGAAGAUCUUCCCCCACCGUAUCCUGGUCCGCCGGGAGAAACCUCACCACCAGUUCAUCCUACAAAUACGGAUAUGCCUUACCCUCCCACCGAAACACAAACAGUAAUCGUUACACAGCCCCUUGGAUUCACACCUGGAACAACGUUCUGCGUGUACUGUCAAAAGUCGGUCAUAACUAACGUCAGUUACAUUCCCGGAUCCUUGACCUAUCUUCUUUGUGUAGUGAUAUUUUUGCUUGGCGGGUGCCUCGGAUGCUGUUUCAUUCCGUUCUGCUGUAACGACUGCGAGGACGCGGUCCAUACAUGUUCUGUUUGCGGAACCACACUUGGAGUCCGUACCCGAAUGUGACAUCCGUCCCACAGCUAUUUUCCAUACAGAAUUUGCAACAACAGUUCGCUCACACAUCAGUUCACCAUGGAUGUUCUAUGGUUGUGUGUACAAUUCAGUGCGAUAAUAAUUUUUAUCCAUACAGGCUUUUGUAAGUUCCUUAUUGCAGCGUAUUUUCAUCUGCUUGAAAGUGAGUGACUUCUGGUGAAAAAAUAUAGAUUCCCGCAAUCAGGUCAUUGCCAUUCUCCACACUACCAGCACAGAAGAUCCAACACAAAACAGAACACUGUUUCUAUUAUUCCAUUUGCAUGUUUGCUAGAUUGGAAAACUCAACCUUUGACUGCUUGGUCGAGGAAUAUCAGAUA